AUGGCUCCUAGUGUCCUUUUGUUUGGACUGUUGGCCAUAGCUUGUUCGCUCGCUUCGGCUUCUGACCAUAGCCCUCUCCAAGAUUUUUGUGUCGCCGAUGCUACCAGCCCAGUGUUGGUGAAUGGUCUGGUUUGUAAGGACCCGAAGCUCGUAAAAGCUGAUGAUUUUUUUUUCAAAGGUCUUCACUUAGCUGGCAAUACAUCCAAUGCAGUGGGAUCACGUGUAACUCCAGUAAACGUAGCUCAAAUACCAGGACUUAAUACUCUUGGCAUCUCUUUGGUCAGGAUCGAUUAUGCACCAUGGGGGAUAAACCCUCCACACACACAUCCUCGAGCUACUGAAAUUUUGACUGUAGUAGAAGGCCUCCUUGAAGUAGGGUUUGUCACUUCUAAUCCAGAAAACCAUCUCAUAACAAAAGUGCUUCAGAAAGGUGACGUAUUUGUCUUCCCAGUGGGUCUCGUCCACUUCCAGCGCAAUGUUGGAUACUGUAAUACAGUUGCUAUUGCAGCCCUCAAUAGCCAAAAUCCGGGAGUUAUUACCAUUGCAAAUACCGUCUUUGGAUCAAAGCCUGAUAUCUCUAGCGAUCUUUUAGCAAAGGCUUUUCAAGUGGAUAAGAACAUUGUCUACAAGAUACAGUCACAUUUCUGA